GGGGAGGAGGCCAGCAUUCCUCCUGAACACGACGGCUUAAAGCUCCGCAGCACCUCCAGCCUCCAGCGGGACUACGAGCACUGCCAGGGUUACAGCCACUCAGAGGGAAACAGCCUCUGGGAUCACUCCUCAGGGAAGCUGCUCUCCACACUCAGCCGCUGACAGACCUGGCAGAGGAGUGCACGUCCAGAGCCACGAUGACAGAACCAACGUCUAAAAAACAGGGAAUUAAAAAGUGUCGGAGUGCCACUUUUAGCAUUGAUGGCUUCAGCUUCACCAUCGUUGCCAAUGAGGGGGGGGGAAACAAACGACAUCCACUGGCUCGCUUUGCACGCUCACGGUCCCAGAAUGCACUCUGCACCACUGCCACAGCCGGCAUCAGCAUCAAGGAAGCCAAAGGAAUUGUGAUGGACCCGCGCAGCUCCGAGGAGAUCCUGGCCGAUGAGCUGCCCGUCCCUGAUUCUGCCGACGCCAUGGAGAAGACAGCCAUCAGGUUGCGAUGUCUUGUGAAGCAGCUGGAGCGGGGGGAGGCCUCUGUGGGGGACCUGAAGAAGAACCUGGAGCACGCCGCCUCAGUCCUUGAAUCUCUGUACAUCGAGGAAACCAGGCGGCUGGUGGAUCUAGAAGAUGAGCUCAGUGACAUCCAGUCAGACUCGGUUCCGUCAGAGGUUCGGGACUGGCUGGCUUCCACUUUCACCCGGCAGAGGGUCCUGCUGCUGCGGCGUAACGAAGACAAGCCCCGCUUCCGCAGCAUCGUCCAUGCAGUGCAGGCUGGCAUCUUCGUGGAGAGGAUGUACAGACGAACCUCCAACAUGGCUGGUCUUAGUUAUCCCCCAAAUGUCAUCACUGUGAUCAAGCACGUGGACACGUGGUCCUUUGAUGUGUUCGCACUGAAUGAUGCGAGCGGAGAUCAUUCUCUGAAAUUUGUCUUCUACGAGCUGCUCACCAGAUAUGACUUGAUCAACCGUUUCAAGGUCCCUAUUUCAGCUCUCAUGUCCUUCGUGGACUCGUUGGAGAUGGGCUACAGCAAAUACAAGAACCCUUACCACAACCUGAUGCAUGCUGCUGAUGUAACGCAGACCAUCCAUUACCUGCUCCUCAAGACUGGCAUGGUGCACUGGCUAACUGAGUUGGAGAUCUUUGCCACAAUCUUUGCAGCUGCUAUCCAUGACUUUGAACAUACAGGGACCACCAAUAACUUUCAUAUUCAGACCAGGUCAGACACAGCCAUGUUGUACAAUGACCGAGCAGUUCUGGAGAACUACCACGUCAGUGCUGCAUAUCGUCUUCUGCAGGGCGGAGAUGAGAUGAACAUCUUUUCUAAUCUUUCCAAAGACGACUGGAGAGAGCUGCGGACACUGGUGGUGGAGAUGGUGUUGGCCACAGACAUGUCGUGUCACUUCCAGCAGAUCAAAGCCAUGAAAAGUCUCCUGCAGCAGCCCGAGGCGAUAGACAAACCGAAGGCCUUAUCUCUGCUGCUGCACACGGCUGACAUCAGCCACCCUGCCAAACGCUGGGACCUCCAUCAUCGCUGGACUACAUCCCUGCUGGAGGAGUUCUUCAGACAGGGUGAUAAAGAAGCAGAGCUGGGUCUACCUUUCUCUCCUCUCUGUGACCGCAAGUCCACCUUGGUGGCCCAGUCCCAGAUUGGAUUCAUUGACUUCAUCGUGGAGCCAACAUUCACCGUGUUGGUGGAAAUGAUCGAGAAGAUUGUGACACCGCUUAUCGAGGAAGCAACUCGCUCUGGAUUGACCGGCUUCAGACGCUCUAGUGACAACAGUAUCAGUGGCAGUGUGAAGAGUACAGGCUCAGAGGCCAGCUGCUCUCUGACCACAGUGGACUUCAAGUGCUUAAAGGUCACGUGGAACAAAGAAAUUUACAAAAACAGGGAGACGUGGAAGGCCCAAGCAGCCAAAGACCUGAAAGAAAAGGUACAGGAGGACGGCCAGGUAGAAAAGGACACAGAAGAGGAGCAACAGCUGAGUAGACCCAACACAGCACAGGAGCAGGUGGAGCAGCGCGGGGAGCGAAACGCUGAAGAGGAGGAAGGAGACAGUAAGCCAGGUGGAGCUUCAGGAUCCCCCGACACGGACAAGAAGGAGCCUGGUGGCCACACGGAGAGGAAGCAGCGGCAGUGUCAGAGUACCCCUCAGCCUGAAUGCCCUCUGAUCCAUUACUGCAAGAGGCCCAGCUACUCUUACAGCUCCCACCGGCUGGUCAGGUCAAAGGUCACUGAGAUGCGGCCUAUUGAUGCCAGGGGGAAAGCCAGGAGACUGCAGCGCAUCUCCCUGCGCCGCCGGAAGUGACCUUAUAGUACAGAGUGUGACAUCAGCGUGAUGUAAUCAGUCUUUGUGUAUAUUUGCAUACAUCCUUGUAUUCCAGCUGAUCUUCUGCUGAACUUUAAUCUUGUAAAGGUAACUGUUGCUGCACCCUCUUUUGGUCACCUGUCUCCCCCUCAUCACCGCCGACUCCUCCUUUGUGUGGAGCUGCCACUUCCUUUAAAACUCUUCUAAAAUACAUUUUUAUAAAUACUUUCUUAAUAGUAUUUUUUAUGUAAUUGAUGAAAAUAUUUUAGCGUUAUAAUGUAUGUUUUAUUUCCCCUUUACUUCUGCUUGUCCUUCUUCUCUGAAACAUUUCUGUGUUCUUUAAUGUAAUUUAACUUAUUCUCAAUGUGUGUUUUUGACAUUUUUGUUACAUCUUUGAUUGACAAGGUGAAGGCACUUCUGUCCCUCUCAAUGUUAUUACUGAUCUCUGUAACUGCUCACAGUGUUACCGGUGAGACCUAUGCACAAUCGGCAGGUUUGUGUGCUCGGUUAUUGUUUGAGUAUUACUUUGUCUCUGUCAUGAGGUGCCAUGUUAUGUGCUUCAGGGAAACACUUGUAUUGUUGGACUGAUUUACAGAAGCCCAGGUGUUUACGGAAGGUUUACACCUGUUAAACAGUGGCGUACAGGUUAUUAUACAUUUAUUUUCAUAACGUUUUAUUGUGAAAAUCUCUCACAUCAAAAAUUGUUAUUAUUCAUUUUAGUAUCAGAUUUAUAAAAUACUAAUAAAAUUUGAAGAGUCAA